AGCACAUGUGUGUAUGAAAGUGUGUAUGUCCAAUCUUUUGCAUCACAGGCUGGAAUACAGAGAGACCUCUCCUCUUUUUUUUUCCGGUACCAUCUCUCCGUUCUGCUCGUGCUCUCCCACCUGAAUCGAAGACCUGGCUAGAAGAGAGCUGAUGGGAGGGGGGCGUGUGUUUGAAGGGAUGGGGAGGGGGCCGGUCAGCUUGGUUGGGUGGGAGGUGAUGACGAGAUGAAAGGGGCCAGAUAUUUCCAUCUGAAGGUCACAUUGGAGAGAGAAGGACGGCUUCACUAAACAUUGCAAGGAAUUGAGUGAAAAUUCCUGUGAUUGUCUGCGGAGCUCCAGGCUAAAGUCUCCUGGGGUUCAGGGCCUGCACAGCUCCAGCUGCCAUAACAGACACCCCCGCCUGAGCUUCUCAGUGACACCCUAUGACAGGGGAGGAUGGGUGAUGGGCCCGUGAAAUUCAGCGGACUCUCUCCUCCUUAUCCCAUCCUCUCAUGGAGCAUCCUGUCACACCGAGCCCCUCCUGGAACACUUCUCUCUUCGACCUCCCCAUAUCUUCAGUCUCACUGCACCCGAAUAUCUCUAACGUGACCUCGCCGGUCGCAAGCAUCCGAGGUGGGGUCGAUCUGAACCAGACCUUGGCGCUGUGUGCUAUGCUCAUCAUUGAUGUGCUAGCAGUCGUGGGGAACUUGUCCGUGAUGAUUGUCAUCACCAAAACACCGCAGCUGCGCAAGUUUGCCUUCGUGUUCCACCUGUGUCUGGUGGACCUGCUGGCAGCGCUGGUGUUGAUGCCUCUCGGGAUGCUCUCAGACCGAAUCCUGGUGGACGAGGCGCUGUGUCGGAGCUACCUCUGCUUGAGUGUGUGUCUAGUUAGUGCUGCCAUCCUCACCAUCUGUGCCAUCAACGUGGAGCGCUACUACUACAUCGUCCACCCCAUGCGUCACGAGGUGAAGAUGACGGUGGGGGUGGUGGUGAUGGUUCUGGUGGGAAUCUGGAUUAAAGCCAUUGUCAUGUCAGUACUGCCUCUCCUGGGAUGGCUGCUCCAGGCGAACCAGGCUGUGGGGACUCCUUCAGUUCUCAUUCCCGGUCAGAGACACUGCUCCCUCCACUGGACGGGAGGCAAGAUCACACGGCUGCUUUUCAUGGUCUUCUUUACGUUAAUCUAUUUUCUGUGCCCCAUGCUGAUCAUUCUGGUGGUCUACUGCAACAUGUUCAAGGUGGCGCGAGUUGCAGCCAUGCAGCACGGACACCUUCCCACUUGGAUGGAUACGCCGCGACAACGGUCCGAGUCCAACAGCAGCCACUCCACCAUGGCGGCAAGCCUCGGUGGGACUGGUGCCCGCACCACCCCUCAGAGGACCUUCAGCGGCGGGAAGGCUGCAGUGGUGCUGGUGGCAGUGGGAGGCCAGUUCCUCUGCUGCUGGCUGCCAUAUUUCUCCUUCCAUCUCUACUCGGCUGUGAGGUCUACCUCUCCCGCCUCGCUGGCCCAGCUGGAGGAUGUGGUCACAUGGAUUGGCUAUUUCUGCUUCACCUCCAACCCUUUCUUCUACGGCUGCCUGAACCGGCAGAUCCGCGAGCAGCUGGGCCGCCACCUGGCUUGCCUCUUCAAGCGGGCUGGGCCCAGCGAAGGAGAGCAGCUGCCCAGCCGUGAGGCCUCUAUUGAGGAGAACUUUAUGCAGUUCCUUCAGGGCACCGGAUGCAACCUGGAGCCCUGCAACUCUCACAGCCGAGCCAGCCCAGAGGAGCCAGAGACUGAAGGCCAUCAGGAAUCAGCUGUUCAGCAGAACACGCCAGCUGACUUCCACAUCCCAGGGCAGAUCGUUGAGGAAACCUCAGAGUUCAUACAACGGCAACAGCUGAACAAUGAGCUGCAUGUAUCAGAGAACUGCUGCAAAACUGUACCAGAGCUGUAGCUGCAUCUCAUGUACCGUCGAUAUUGCCAUCUAUUAUCCAAUAAAUGUACUUAGUUUGAUUCAUAUUUUCUAUAAUGUGUUAACAUCACGUUAACAUAAAGAAGUGCUGAAACUCUGGGAAAGCAAAACUUCAGGGGGAACACAGUUUAUGAAAAACUACAAGAGUAGUAAUCACUAAAAGAAAGUUUUGAGACAAAUGCUCAGUGAACUGUUAGUUUUGAUGUGCAUUUCUUCAUUAAUUCCUCAUUUUGAACACAUCACUGCAAUUACAUGAAAAAUACUGUAUUUCCAAUCUUUUUGUGUUUUAAGACUUGAAGAAGCCCGUAGACAAUCAGUCCAAUUGACUCAGUGAUUCAGCAGGUUCUCUAUUUAUUCCACUUUUCACAUCUCCUCAUAACACCAAGGAAUUAAUGCAAACAUGUGGCUGUUUUCCCAGUAGAAAGGAGUGAUUAUUCAGAGCCAUUUUUAAAAUCGUCUUGAAAUAUUCAUUGUGUUAAAAUGGAUCAUUUCACAGCUGGUGCUGCUGAUGGUAUUUAUAAUAAACAGGCUGACACACCAGUGUAUUUUUAAGCAUUUUCCAUCAGCAUCAUUAUCAUGUUUAUCUGCUCUCAGUCUUGUGAUUAUCACCUCCUCGCCAAAAUCAUCUCACAUUGGUAUACUCGUGAUUUCACCCCCUUCCACUCAAAGAAAAACAUUGUGAUUGCUUUGUAUGCCAGUUGUGGUGUUAAGGAUUUAAGCUUUGUAAAAACACCGGCUAACAGCACAGUCAAACUGUCAGUUUGUUGACACAAGGCUGAAUGUGGACAGAUUCGGACAUCGUGACCAGUCCCCGUCAACCCGUAAUGUCUGCGCUGUUUACAGGUAAACACGGGAGCAGUGUGGGUGUGCUUGUGUUUGUGCUCUAAACAACCAGGCUUGUUGUGGCUACACAGCAGCACACAGGUGAGACAAUGCUUACACAUGGCAAGCUUUGCCUUUGGCCUCAUAAUGAAAGACUCUGGUGAUACUCUCUCUGAUCUCAGGUGGAAUACAAACAGUUUGCACAAGUCACACGAGCAGUGACAAAUGUUCCAAAGAAAAUUACAAGGCACAAAUCUCCUACUGAACUUGUUUUUUGUCUCUUUUUAUACUUGCUCUUUCUUGCUGUGUUUAUCUAUUUUGGACUGCCUCAUACCGGAGCGUUGGUAUGAUCACAAGACACCAGACACAAGGCGUACAGGGAAGGCUCAUAUUUAGCUGGGAGUCAGAAUAAAAAAGGCCCCUUUGUAAGGAGGAGACAUAGGGUUCUUCAUUUUCUUGUGAUAUGACUUUGUUGCCGACUGUUUUUCAAAUAGGGUCGUCACGUCAUCUUGUUUUAAAAUGUUGUGUCACAAUGAUGGUGCAGUAUUGUGAGGCCCAAAUUGAAUCAACUACAACAGUGAGUGCAUGAAGAAUGCCCUUCCGUAAUCCUUACUGAUCUGUAUGUAUGCAUUUGUUUUAUUUUUGUUAGUAAUUUCAAAAAAUACUUUAGUAUAAGAAUUAUUGAUAUUCAAUUUUAUGCAACAAAAUAACCACCAGCAUCCAGGAACAAGGGUAGUUUAAUCUCUUUAGAUAAUCUGAGCUCUUCCUCAUUGACCGUUAUUGAUCAUCAUGUUGUAGUACAUUCUGGGAUAUUUCACACAGUCCGGGGUCAUUACAAAGCCCCUUAUGUUGAAUGAAUCCACCAUUCAAUCAGCUGGAUUUCCGUUACCGUAGCAGCAAAAUUGCCCCGACCAAUCUGAUUAAAUGCUUUAAGCUCUAUUUCUGCCACCAUCUGUUGAUUGUGCGGACGGGGAAGUAAGCUGUUCUGAAGGUGAAUGGCUGAUAAUAUUCCCAGCUUCGGGAAUAUUCAUGGACCUUGUCAGCUUCAGUUCCUCUUCAUUGUAAAUCAUCAACACAGUCAAAAAUGUAAGAAAAAUCAUUUUAAUUUAAUUUUCCCUUUCCUCUCUUUUUUUGUACCUGAGUUGGCUGUUUGGAUUCUUCAUUAUUAAGGUUUGUUUUUCUUGUUAGGAUGUCCCUGUGUAUUAGUUACCCAUCAGUUGAAAUGAUUAAAGACACAGCAAGAACAUUAACCUGAGUAUUGUGGGUGUUGUCAUAUUUACUUACCAGACAUUUUCAGUUCAACAGCAUCUAUAACAUG